UUGGGUUUAUAAAAAAAUGGAAAUGUUGAAAUGAUAAUUGGAAUACUUUCCGCGGAGGCUGAAAGGAAACCGACUGGAUAGAUAUGGAUCCUUCUUAGCAACAAGAUUUCCCCAUAAUACAGAGAGAGACUUUGAUCUCUCCCCAAUUCUGAUGCACUUUCUCUGCCAUUUCCAUGGAUUCCAACCCUCCUCAACCUCCAGCUACUAAUCCUCCACCGAAACCUUGGGAGCGAGUUGGGGGAUCAUCUGGUCCAGCACCUUUUAGACCUCCAUCAGCUGGAAAUACAAGUGAUGUAGUUGAGGCUUCUGGAACUGCAAAACCUGGAGAAAUCGUUUCUGGUUCUGAUAGGACUACUGCUGUUAAUCGGAAUUCGCUCGGUCGGCCUGUUCCAUCGAGGCCUUGGGAUCAGAACUAUGGGAAUAACAGCUACGGAGGUUAUGGUUCAACUUCAACCAUGAACAAUUCUCUUUACGGUUCUGGGAUGUACGGUUCUUCUUAUGGAACCGGAGGAAUGUAUGGUGGUGGAAUGUAUGGUAACAGCAUGUAUAGAGGAGGAGGUUAUGGUGGACUUUAUGGAUCUUCUGGUAUGUAUGGAAAUUCUGGUAUGUAUGGUGGUGGAAUGUAUAAUAGUGGUUUUGGAGGUCCAAUGAAUGGUUAUGGAAUGGGGAUGGGUGGUCCUUAUGGCGGGCAAGAUCCAAAUGACCCAUACGGUCCUCCCUCAUCUCCACCGGGAUUUUGGAUGUCAUUUCUGCGAGUGAUGCAGGGUGUCGUAAACUUCUUUGGCCGAAUAUCUAUCCUUAUCGACCAAAACACACAGGCCUUCCAUAUGUUCAUGACUGCACUACUUCAGCUUUUUGACCGCUCCGGUAUGUUAUAUGGAGAGCUUGCUAGAUUCGUCUUGAGACUGCUUGGGAUUAAAACCAAACCUAGGAAGGUUCAACAUAUAGGCCCUGAUGGGCUUCCUCUUCCCGGAGCUCCCCAUCCUCAUCAAGGUCAGAACUUGAUCGAGGGGCCGAAGGCCGCUCCUGAAGGUUCGUGGGAUAAUGUGUGGACAAACGAUCCUCGUUAAGUAAACGAACAAAGUUACUUGAUAUUGAAAGGUUAUUUUCCAAGAGCAAAUGGAAAAAUGAUGCUGGAAAAUUAUAAUAGAACAGAGAAUUGAGAUGUGAUCCAAGCUUGUAUUGGCAGGAUGCAGCCACAGAGAUUCUCAGGUUAAAACUGUCGGGGCAUCGUCAUCGGCUUCAAUCGUAUUCUUUGUGCUGGAAUCUGAAUAAGUUCACCAUAGAUAUGAAUUUAGCUUUCUUUGACCUGAAAUAUAAGUUGAUUUUACUGGUUCUUCUUUGGGUGUCU